UGUCUGAGAGAUAGGGCUGUCUUUCUGCGUGUCCCCGAGGCCGGCGCUGUGAGGGAACCCCUUCGCUCCGGAGGUAAUGCCCGGGUUCCGGCCGGCAAAGCCGCCCACUUACCCGAGAGCACGGUAAUUUAAUCCGCGAGGCUGGUCGGCAGUCCAUAGACUGGACCCAACACAGUUACAGUCAGCUGGGCCUCCUUCCCCAUCCCUCGGUCUCUAAAGGCUAGGAGACCAAGAACCUUUUUAACCGGUUUCGGCACGGUACGUGCAUGUAUCCUUGCAACCUUUAAUAUGUACAGCAGGAAGUACUGCCGAAUUCCCCUUUUAAAUCUGAAGUCAACAGAUUUGCAUUUAAAUCUCCUGCCCUUGGGCUGGCUCAUCUAUGAACUCUUCUCAGAUAUGUAAGCAUUCUGUGCUCGCUCUGGGCAAUCUUGGCCACGUCCAAGAAAGCGCACACUAGCGCCUCGACUUCCUCAGGAGUCCAAAGAAAUUUGGCAUGUCCUCUUUGAGCCUCAGCAAUUUUUAGCGGUGCAGAAUAGAAAGCAUCCUAUCCAAAUGCAUCACGGCUUGGUAUGAAAGCUGCUCUGCUUGUGACCGCAAGAAACUGCAGAGAGUUGUGGACGCAGCUCAGGCCGUUAUGGAAACCAGCCAACCCUGUGGACUCUGUGUAUACUUGCCGUUGCCUCGUUAAAGCAUGCAACGUUUUCGAAGACCCCAUCACUCCGGACAUCCUAUCUUUUUGGGCAGAAGGCAACGUCUGGGGGUAUUAUCUUGAGAGAUUUGAAGGUGAUCGAUACCAUGGAAUUGCCAAACUACAGCAGGCAGCUCAUGCAGCAGCUGUACACCUUGAGAAAAGAGGAGCAGUUCUGUGAUUGUACCCUGUUCAUCGGAAACACUAAGUUUAGAGCACACAAGCUUGUGUUAGCUGCCUCCAGUUUGCUAUUUAAGUCUCUCCUGGAUAACACGGACACAAUUUCCAUUGACCAAGCUGUAGUGUGCCCAGAAGAGUUUGCUGUUCUUUUGGAGAUGGUCUAUACAGGAAAAGUGCCUCCAGGAAAGCAUAACUUCACAAAAGUUGUUUCUGUUGCGGAUAAUUUGCAAAUGUUUGAUAUUGCUGUAAGCUGCAAGAACAUUGUGGCAAACCUGAUGAAGCACACUGUGGUAAGCGAGGUGCAGGUUUCUCCUCCUGCCGAAAAUGAAGUGACGCAGCAGAUAAUCGCACAGAAUCCAGCUGGCACAGACAAGCAUUGGCUGUCACAAGAAUCAGGGAAAAAUGAAGUAUCUGAUUCCACUAAUGCCAAAGUCAUGAUGACUUCAGACCAGCACAUUCCUGUGAAAAGAUUAUGUUGCACUGGCACGGUAGACUUUGUAGAGACGACACUUCCCUUUGAAGAAAAUGUUAUGUUUGCUGAUAAUGUUGAACCAAAACAAGAUGAAGAACACAAACAAAAUUUACCCGAAGGAAGUACAGAUAAUAGCCAGGACAUCUGUAGUUCUUCAGAUGGUGUUGGAUUGAUCAGUGAAGAGAUGGUUCCUGAAGGAUCCAGUAAGAAAGAGAAGCCUGUGAUCCCAGAAGAAUCUAGGAAUCUGACAGAACAGGAAUUCCUGUUGCAGCAUAAAGAUGAUCUUGCAGAAGCAGUCCAGGAUCUGCGAGCUUUAGUGGAUUCUGUAACCAAAUGUGAUGACAUCCCAUUACCAGAGAAAAAGGUAUUUUUAGACUGCUGUAAAGAAACAGAAAGUAGUGAAGUUUUCAGCAGAUUACUGGAUAAAGUUACAGAAGAGAAGACUUUGCAACUAGAAACUCUGCUAUUUGUGCUUGAUCAAAGUAAAGAAGCUUACCCCAGGCUAAAAACUGUGCUUCAGAACUUAAACCAAAAUCUGCCCAUAGAACGUUUAAUCCUAACUGGGCGUAUAGAUACUGAAGAUUUUUUGCUCAACCUUUACUUACACAAAGAAGUAGUCCUGGAAAGUGUGACAGACUUGAGCCCUUUAUUGGCCUGUCUUGAAUCUGCUGAAGAAACCGUUUUCAGUGAAGAGGAUAAAAAGGUGAUUGCCGAAUGUUGUCAGGGAGAGACGGCCAGAGAUGUCGUGGCUAAGCUAUUGAUGAAAGUAAUUGAAGAGGGGCAGUUGAGUGCUGAGACCACACUAAAUCUUCUUCGAAAGAUGAAAGAGGUUUACCCUGUUCUACAGUCUUUACUGAGGACUCACACAUCUGAACCAGGAAUAACUACAAAGUCAGAAGUGAAGAAUCUGGAAGAUUUUGCAUUUGGCUUGCUCAAACGCUAUCAAGAGAACAUUGUUGAUGCAGUGACUGAGCUGCAAACCUUGUGCAACACCUUGUCUAUUUGUGAGGAUAUACCUGAUGGUGAUAAACAGAGAAUUCAUGAUCUUAUUAAAGAGAAAGAUGUGGUGGACUGCAUAAGUAAUUUGAUGGGAGCAGUAUUAGAAAAACGAACACUUGCAGCACUCACUCUUUGGAAAGUGCUCAUCCGAAUGAAAGAGGAUGUGCCAAAGCUUAGCACUCUGCUGGAUGAACUCCAAAAAGAACCAGAUGGUCUCCAACUCAUUUUAUCAGUGAGUGAUGAGGAAAGUAAAGCCUUCAAUAUUAUAAAAAGACAUAGACAGUUGAUCAUCAAUACGAUUGAAGAUAUCAGUCCUCUGCUGGAUUGUUUGGUACCUGGUGUAGAAAAUCUUCCCACUGAGACAAUCGAGAUUUUGAAGAGCUGUUGUUUCAAGGAUACUGCUGGUCAGUCAUUAGAAAGUAUUCUGGGUAAAAUUCUAGAUGAGCGACUCAUUCCUGCUUUGGUAUUCUGUAAACUCUUGCAUAUGGUCAGUGAAUCUUAUCCGUCCCUUGAAUUGGUAAUGAAGACCAUGGAAAAUGCAGGACUAUUCAAAGAAGCAAUAUGUGAUGUGGAGGAGGAUCAGAAAGAAUACCCAAUGGAUCAGGAAGAGGGGGGUGAAGAAGAUGGAGAGCACCCUGCCAACACGGAACAUGUUAAGGCAGGAAGCAGUGAUCCAGCAGAUGAGAUGAAACCAAAGUGUAAACUCCGAGGAAAGCAGGACUUGUGCUGCACCGCAUGUGGCAAGACUUUCAUGUUUAAAUGUCGUCUUGACCUACACCUCACCCGCUGUCGCAAAAUUGGUUUGGUUAAAGCUGUUAACUGUCAGGAAUGUGGAGAGACUGGAACUUCCCAAAAGGAUUUAGAAAAGGACAGAGAAGAUGCAUAUGAUGCGCCAAAAGGAAAGAAGAGGAGGUUACCAGUAUCUUGUGACAUCUGUGGGAAAUCCUUCGCUCACCAGUCAGGAAUGCAAUAUCAUAAGCGCUCUGAUCACUUCGAUGAGAAGCCUUUCUCUUGUAAUGACUGUGGGGCAAAAUUUGCAGCAAAUUCCACGCUGAAGAAUCACAUGAGACUCCACACUGGAGAGAAGCCAUUCUUCUGCAAACAUUGUGACAUGACAUUUAUGCAGGCUGCAGCUUUGGCCUAUCACAUGAAGAAAAAACAUUCAGAAGGAAAAAUGUAUGCAUGUCAGUACUGUGAUGCAGUGUUUGCACAGUCAAUUGAAUUGACCCGCCAUGUACGGACACAUACUGGGGACAAGCCAUAUGUCUGCCGGGAAUGUGGCAAAGGAUUCAGCCAGGCCAAUGGGUUGUCAAUGCACCUGCGUUCCUUUCACAAUAUUGAAGACCCAUAUGACUGUCAAAAGUGCCGGAUGAGUUUUCCAUCUCUAGAAGACCACAAGAACCACAUCCAGAAAAUCCAUCCUCCUGAGUACAAUCCCUGCGAUGUUUGUGGCAAGAAUUUCAGUGCACCAUCACUUCUGGAAAGGCACAUGGUCACACAUGUUGGUGGAAAGCCAUAUAACUGUGAAAUUUGUGACAAGGCUUAUCAGCAAUUGUCUGGACUAUGGUAUCACAAUCGAACUCGCCACCCAGAUGUCUUCGCAGCACAAAACCACCGUUCUCCAAAGUUUGCCACUCUGAUUUGCUCCGCAUGUGAUAAAUCUUUUGCCAGUAUAACAGCUCUGAACAAACAUAUGAAGUCUGACCAUUCAGAUAUUAAGAUGUUGGAGUGUGAAGAAUGCAAAGAGACCUUUGCUUCACAAGCAUUAUUGCAUGUACAUACAAAGUCCAAGCAUUCAGGGAUUCACCCAUUUAAAUGUUCGUACUGCCCGUCAACAUUCAGAUUUCCUGGAGCACUGCAGCAUCAUUUGAGCACAGAACAUUCAACUCAGCAAAACAGCACUAUUCUGUUGGGGGAUUGUGCCCAACUGCUCAGUUCUCAGCUUGAUUUGGACGAAUAUCAAAGGAACAAGCAUGCCAAAAUACUGGUUGCUAAUGUUCAGGAGGCAACUCAAAUGGUUAUCCAAACAUCUGAACAGUUGACAACUACCCAGCAGGUAAUAUCUGUAGAGGAGACUCACCUGACUGGUGUUGAAUCACAGGUAUAUGUGGCAUUGCCUGAUUCACAGAGUGGUUCAUCAGGACAACAUGAAAUUGUGGCUCUGAAAGUGGACGAUAUAUUAGAUGGGACUGUGACACUCAUCUGUGGAGAGACCCCAUGAGAAUGUAUAAAGAUGAUUGUCCAAAGCAUGACUGGAAGACUUCAGGAAUGUUACCAGAGCAUUGUCUUUUCAACUUGCCUAAGAUCACACAUCAUUUCAAUUGUAGAUCUCAAGUGAGUGCUUUUUGCAAUGAUUUUAAGGUUUUGAAAACUGUUAAUGCUAACGUCUUGCAACUCCUGAAUGUUUGUAGAGACACGGUAUCCUUCAGUGGAAAGGUGGUUGGGCUGAAGCUACAGUGAGCCUAGUAGCAGUAGCACUGUGUGAUCUCCUAAAGACCUGUUCGCUUUAAACAGUUCAGUAUCUUGGGCAAUAGUGGAGGAUGUUUUAAAAAAAAAUGUUCAUAUUGACAGUAUGAGGAAUGAAUCACCUGGACCAGAAGUAAUCAGAGGUUCAUCCUAAAGUGGUGUAGCAAAGAAGGGGAAUAUCUGAAUUUGUCCAGGUGUUCCAACACAGGAACCCUAACCCUAGACAGAGUUAAGCAAGGCCAGAGUUUUUCCCUGCUUAUAGGCUGACUACCUUUGUCCAUGAGCACUGGAUGUUCUUUGAUUAAAGAAAAGAUGACUGUAGGCUCAAGAGUAAGUUAUCUUGGGUACAAUUAAAUUACAUUAAAGCAUGAGGGUCGUUGUGUUGCUGAUUUACAAGAUAGAUUUGAAUACUCUACAGAAAAACCUCUGGAUUAUUCAGAGUGGCUUCUGUUAUUACUCACACUUAGAGAAUUAGUUCACAGCAGGGGCCACAUUUGAAUCAAUGCUUCUGCCUUGCAACUCUGGUUUAUGGUGGCCAGCACGUGUAACAUAAUUUGAAAAAUGUUUCAGGUUGGUGGUAUUUACAACUAGUCCAUUGAAUAAACAAAGGGUUAUCCAAGUGUUAUUGAUGAAUUACGUACUAAAUGGAUCAGGUUUUUUUUUUGAAACCAGUUUUAAUAGACUGCUCUUUUAACUUUAAAAUGACUGAAUAGAUUUCUUCAUCACUUGAUGCCCUGAAGUAAAGGGGAAUUGGGCUACCAUUUUGUGUUCUCUAAAAAUAUUCUUUCUAUACUAGUCUAUUUGAAUUCAUGCUGGAUGCAAUUACAUUUCCUGUCUUGUGUCAAUUCACUGCAUGUACAUUUACCUCAAAGUUUAAAAAAUGCAAGUUUGAGAGAUGUAGUGUCUUAACACGUUUUCUGAUAACCACCACCAAUCUUUCUGACAGAAUAUAGACCAAAGAGCCUCAGCCCAUAAUGUCCCAAUCAAUCAAAUUAAUAAUCAAAUAGCCAACUAAACAAAUCCCUUCUCCCUACAGAAUGUCCAUAUCCUUGUAUUUCCCUCACAUUCAUGUGCCUGUCUAAAAGUCUCUUAAAUAAUCUCUAUGUACCUCUAGAGUACUGUGGAAAGUCUUAGGCCCCAGAAAAAAAUAUUCUGUGAAACAAAGAUGCUGCCAAAAAUCAUGAAAUGCAAAGUUUCUAAAUAACAAACAUUUUACUAUAAAGAGCAGUGUUACGUACCCCGUAACUGGGUUGCCAAACCAGCAGAAAUGGAUCACUCAGUUGGAGUCUGGAGUACUAGAACUAAGAAAGUUUUAUUAAAGAAACAAGCAACACAGUAAUCGAAAGGAUAAUAAAUACAACAGUUCAGCAAUGAUAAACACACAUGUGCACAGAAUUAAGAUAACAGCAUCAAUCAAGCUCUAUCGUUGUCUAGGGGUAAAUGACCAAAUUUCAAAGUGACUCAAAGUUCAGUCCAAUUUAGUAGUUCAGUUCGCAGUAAUCGUUGCCAUGGCGAUGGACAAUGUGGGGGGAGAGAGAGAGAGAGAACGGGAACAACUGAUCAUUCAGACACGGCUUCACUCACAGACCGGCGAUAUGGCUCACAAGCAACUUUUGGGCAGGUCCUUGGUGAUGUCACCUGAGGUCACCGACUGUGACCCCUCCUCCAGAUGCGGUCGAUCCUCUGCAGUGAACCCGGCACCCAGGCAAGGGCGGACACAGACCGGGUUCCCGCUGAUCGUACCUUUCCACCCUGUGCGUUGUCCGGUACUUCCCACCUACUUGUGAGAGGCGCACUGCUUCCAGGGUCUCGUUACCUCAGGUGUCGUGUGUGUCUGCCUGAGCGAACCGGUCCCUUUUUAUCCCCCUGCUGGGGUAUCGCCUGUCCAUCACUUCAAACAGUUCAAGGUUCAAAGGGGGGAGCAGCUCCAGACAGCUCUCUCUCCCCCGUCCCUUCAUUACACAUCUCCAGACGCUGC